CCCCAGCUCUGAUCUCUCUCUCUCUCUCUUCUUUAAACUACACUGAAGACAGAAAAAGGCUAAAACUGUUACUAUGAAUGUUUUUAGUUUAGCUGUGAAGAUUAUCUGGAAUAUGAUGUUUGGAAUUCUUGUUUUCCUUUACCAAUUCUGGUGGAUUACUGCUCUGCCAAAGAAUCAGAUCCAACCACCAGUGUCCUCACAUUUAAAGUUACAAAGCAAGAAUUAUAAUGUCAUGUCUAAUACAAGCCUGGAGAACCUUGGUACAGAUCAUUUUGCUCAUAUGUUUCGCCUCUUGAAGCGAGUUAAAAGGGACUGGGUGAUUCCUCCGUUGUACUUCCCUGAAAAUGACAGAGGGCCAUUUCCAAAGUUUAUUGUCAAAAUAAAGACGAGUAAGGAUGCUAACGUGAUGAUAAACUACAGGAUCACAGGCCCCGGGGCAGAUGAGGGCCUGUUCACUGUGGACCGCAGGUCAGGGGUGCUCCAGGUCACCAAGCCGCUGGACAGAGAGCAGAGAGACACAUAUACUCUCUGGGUUCAUGCCGUUUACGCUCAUGACGGCAACAAAGCUGAAGAGCCUAUGGAGCUGAUCAUCCACGUUAUUGACCAAAAUGACAACCGUCCAGAAUUCACUCCGAGCUCCUUCCACGGCCAAGUCAGCGAAAGUGCCAAGGCUGGGGAUUCUGUCAUGAGGGUAAUAGCUACUGACAGAGAUGACCCAGAAACAGACCACACCUUGAUCAAGUAUCGAAUAUUGUCCCAAACACCAGAAGUACCAUCUGACCACAUCUUUGCCAUAAACCCCCUGAGUGGAGUGAUUAGUCUCACGGGAGGAGGACUGGACAGAGAGACUCUUUCAGAGUAUAAGCUGGCCAUCCAUGCUGCAGACAUGAACGGUGAAGGGCUUUCUGCUACAUGCACAGUAACUGUAACCAUCACUGAUAGCAAUGACAAUGCCCCACAAUUCCUUAUCAAAUCGGCCUCUGCUUCUGUCCCUGAGAAUAAGGCUGGAGUUGAAGUCUUGAGGUUAAAAGUCACCGAUGAAGAUGAGUUGGGAUCUGCUAACACCAACACAAAAUAUGCAAUAAUCAAAGGAAAUGAGGCUGCACACUUCAACAUCAGCACAGGACCAGACAAAAUGGAGGGGAUCCUUUCUACAGCAAAGAAGUUGGAUUUUGAGAGCACUCCCACCUUCACCUUGUUGGUGAUAGUCACAAAUGAAGCACCCUUUACUAGAUCAGUUUCUACCUCCACUGCAACGAUCACAGUUACAGUAAAAGACUUGAAUGAGCCUCCCAUGUUCACUCCCUCCAAAAUACAAGUGGCCCUAUCUGAAGAUGCUCAGAUUGGCAGUUCUGUGACUUACCUCAGAGCCAUAGAUCCCGACACAUCAAGACCAACAAAAAUACGAUUUAAGUUGAACACAGAUGCUGCCGGGUGGUUUCACCUUGAACAAGACACUGGGCGAGUGAGUGUGAAAAGUGACCUGGACAGAGAAUCACAUUUUGUACGGGACGGCAAAUACACUGUCCCUGUUUUGGCCUAUGACAAUGAUACAGCUCAAGCUACAGGAACAGGCACUCUGAUAGUGACUCUAAUGGAUGUGAAUGACAAUGCUCCGGUGAUCCUGCAGAGGAGGGUCAGUCUGUGCAAUGUGGACCCUGUCCCUGUUCAGCUGGACAUAAUGGACUUGGACAGUCCGGAGAACGCAGGACCUUUCACUGUGGAGCUACAAGGAGAGCAGCACCAGAGCUGGAACAUCAAGAUCAAUGCAUCAAGUCAUGCAGUGUUUCUGAGUCCCAAGCAUCAAAUGGCUGUGGGCUGGUCUUCGGUCCUGCUCAGAGUCUCUGAUGCUGGGUCACAGUAUCAGGAGAGCUCCCUGGACGUGGAGGUGUGCCAGUGUGAAGGAGCCGUGAUCUCCUGUAUCAUGCCCCACUCUGAUCCUCCACGCCUCCUUUACCUCGCUUUAGUCCUGGGAGCCGUUUUUGGACUCCUUUUGCUACUGUUACUGUUGAUCCUGAGGAGGAAAAAGCACAUGAACGAUGUGGCUCUUCUUAAAUAUCCAUCCAGAGAUAACAUUUUCUGCUAUGAUGAGGAGGGCGGAGGAGAAGAAGACAGGGUCUUUGAUCCCAGCCUGCUGCAUAGGGGUCUGAAAGAGCACCAUGGGGUCUUAUGCUCUGAUGUUGCCCCUGUUAAUCAAAUUCGUCCAAGCUACAGACACCAGCCUCAGCCCAAUGAAGACAUACUGCAGUUUCUCACAGAGAACUUGGUGGCUGCAGAUACUGACUGCACGGCUCCGCCGUACGAUUCCCUUCUGGUGUUUGACUAUGAGGGGGUGGGGUCACAGGUGGACUCUCUCAGCUCUUUGGACUCCUCCUCGAACUCAGAACUGGACCAGGACUUUGGGGCUCUGCAGGGCUGGGGGCCUUGCUUUAGCAGGCUGGCUGACAUGUACGCAGGAGGGGAGGAAGACGAUUCUGAUACUCUGCCAGGGAAAUCAGAGUGGGUUUGACAUAGUUUUUGUGUGUGAGGAUAGUUUUGAUAUGCAGGAAAG